AUGGUCGAUUCGCGUCGGUCGUUCAUUAUUCACUCAUUCCCAGCCCCUCACUCACCCCUUCAGUCAGUCACUCAUUCGUUCGCCCCAGUCAUCCCCCCGCCGCGCCCGUCGUUCACUCAUUCGCUCGCUCAUUCCUUCAUUCAUUCCUUCAUUCAUUCAUUCAUUCGCCCCCUGACGCCAGCCCCGACCCCGUUUCUUCCCCCACUCCCCCCCCCCGCCCGCCCCGCGCUGCCGUCAUCCGGGCCCGGGUUAAUCCCGGAUCAGCCUGGAGGCCGCGCGCGUCACUCGGGGCGGGGCCGGGCGGAUUUAAACCCCGGGGGUCGGGGCGGGGCGGGGUCGCCGGGCGCCAUGGCGGACGCGGACCUGGACGGGGACUUCCGGCUGCUGACGGGGCUGGCGCAGGGCUUCAUGGUGUCGCGGGUCCUGUUCGCCGCCUGCGAGCUGGGCGUGUUCGACGCCCUGGACCCCGCCCCGCUGAGCGCGCGCGACGUCGCCUCCCGCCUGGGGCUCAGCGCGCGGGGGCGGGGCCGCUGCUGGACGCCUGCGCCGCCCCUGGGGCUGCUGCUGCGGCGGCGGCGGCGGCGGGCGGGGCCGGGCGGGGGCGGAAGGCCCCGCCUACGCCCUGGCCCCCCGCCGCCCGCCGCCUCCCUCGUCGCCCGCAGCCCCCAGGCCCAGCGCUCGACGCUGCGCUACCUGGCGGGGACCACGUGGGCCGUGUGGGGGCGGCUGGGCGGGGCCGUGAGGGAGGGGCGGAACCAGUACCCGCAGGCGCUGGGCGUGGCCACGCGGGAGCCGUUCGAGGCGAUCUACAGGUCGCCCGCCGAGCGCCUCCUCUUCCUCCGCGCGCUGCAGGAGACCUGGGCCGCCUGGGGCGACCGCGUCCUCACGGCCUUCGACCUCGAGGGAUUCGGGGCCGUGUGCGACGUCGGGGGCGGAUCCGGAGCCCUGGCCGCCGCCUUCGCCCGGCUCCACCCCGGCAGCCGCGUCUCGGUGUUCGAGACCCCGGAGGUCGUGGCCGACGCCCGCGCGCACUUCCGGGCCCCGCGCGUGCGCUUCGUGGGAGGCGACUUCUUCCGCUCGCCGCUGCCGCCCGCCGACCUCUACGUCCUGGCGCGGGUGCUGCACGACUGGCCGGACGAGGCCUGCGCGGAGCUGCUGGGACGCACGCGCGGCGGUGACGGGCGGGGCUCCGCCCUGCUCAUCGUGGAGGCCGUGCUGGACCGCGGAGGGCGGGGCCCGCUGCCGGCGCUGCUGCUGUCGCUGAACAUGCUGGCGCAGGCGGCGGGGCGCGAGCGCACGGAGGCCGAGUUCCGGGCUCUGACCCGCGCCGCCGGCUUCCGCCGCUUCCGCCUGCGCCGCCCCGGCGGCCCCUACGCCGUCAUGCUGGCCCGGAAGUGACGCCGCGCGUGGGGGGGCGGGGCCGGGGCGCGAAAUAACGGGCGGGGCGGGGAGAUGCGCAGACGCAAGGAGACGGAAAGCGGAAGUGAGGGCGGGACUUCCUGUCGGCCAGUCACGGGGGCGCGAAAUAACGCACUGGGCCGGUGA